AUGUAUACUGGUUACAAGAUUCUUAUUCUUAAAAACGACAAGACUCGUUUUACUGCGAAGUACGAAGAAGAUGGUUAUAGUUGGAGGAUUCACUUUGGGCCUGUGAAUGGUGACAUUUCUCGGUUUGUGCUGAAAGAAUCUAACGUUAUUCACAGCUGUGGUGUUGGUUUAAGGUUGAAGAGUCCUGUGGUGACAACCAAGUUAGUUAAGCAUUUGAUCGUUGAUAGUAUACAGGGUGAUCCCACUUUAAAACCCAAACAGAUCAUGUCACUCUUGAAGAAGACUUAUGGGUCAAAUAUUAAGUAUCACCAUGCCCGUAGAGGGAAAGAAGCUGUAUUUGAAUAUCAAUAUGGUGACGACGAGAAGUCGUAUAGCGAUUUAAAUUGGUAUGUGAAAUCCAUUGAGAAAACUAAUCAUGAUAGCUUUGUGAAACUCGAAGUUGAUGAAGAAACUGGAAGAUUUAAGCGGAUUUUCACCUGUUUCGGUGCUUGCAAGCAUAGCUAUAAGUAUCUCAGGCCCAUGAUUUACUUGGACGCUACUUUCCUCAUUGGUAGAUUCAGGGGUACUUUGAUAGCUGCAACAUGUGUCAAUGGAAAUGAUGGUUUUCACCCAUAUUCCUUUGCUAUUGUUUUAUCUGAAAACAAAGGCAAUUGGUUUUGGUUUCUGGAUAAUCUUCAACAAGUGGUUGAUGAUCGUCCGACUUGCAAUCUCCCUAUUGGAAAAGGUGAUGCGAAUUACAAUGCCGUUAUUGAUUUGUUUUACAAAGCUGCUUACUCUUACACAGCAGCGAACUUUGAAGAAGCUUUGAGGGGCAUGCAUGCAAUUGGUUGUGGACAUGUUGCUAAUUAUCUCAGGACCAUUCCAAAGGAGAAAUGGGCAAAUGCAUUUUUCCAUGUAUACAUAUAUGCUGCUCACUCUUCAUCUAUUUCCGAGUCAUUCAAUAACUGGAUUCUUGAGUUCAAAAAGAUGCCUGCUUUUGCUCUUCUCGAUGCGAUACGUUUGAAGGUUAUGCAGAUGAAAUCUAAGAGAAGGAUAGAAGGUCUUGAAAAUUUUAACACUAGGCUCACUCUCGUAUACGAGGAUUUACUAAACGAGAACAUCAACAUUGGUCGUACUUGGACUGUUGUUGAGUCUAUGGAAGGAUUAUAUGAAGUCAGGUCUCCCCGCACUCAUUCUGUAGAUCUGUUGGAGAGAACUUGUACGUGUCACAUGUGGCAAGUAAAUGGUUUUCCCUGCGCACAUGCUUGUGUUGCCAUUCAAUCUACAAGGGAGGACAUCUAUUCAUUUGUUGAGCCAUACUUCACCACUGAAUGGUACAACAAUACAUACCAAGAGAUCGUCUUUCCAAUCCCCAAUUAUGACAAGCCGCAGUCUUAUGAUCCUAGUGAUAGGAUUAUUGUUCCUAUUCCUGUGCCUCCACCCGGUAGACGAAGAGAACAGCGUUUCAAUAAGGUUUGGGAGAAGAAAAAGAGGCCUAUGAUGUGCACAAAGUGCUUCACUCUUGGUAACCACAACAGAGCUACCUGCCCCAUGCCUUGA